GAAAGAAAACUCCUCCUACAAGCUUUAACAUGUGCUCUGCUGGACACUGAUAGAAGUCACAAGACUGCUCUAACUGCAGAUGAGAAAAGGUAUUUAGCAAUUUAUAUUUACUAAAAUAAUUGCAUUUCCAUGUUCUGUGUACUGUGGGAGACCAGAUAUAGUGGAUGCAGGGUCCUGGAUUUAGUAACAAUUUAGGUAUCCAUUGAUAGUCAGGCAGCAUUGACAGAUUCAAGUUGUCCUGAUACUGGUUUUCCAUUGUUACAAUGUCCUGG